AUAUCCGGGCUUGGGACCGGCACUGAGAGUGGCUGGGGAUGGUUCCCUGAUCGGGGAUCGAACCCGGGUAGCAGCGGUGCGAGCGCUGCACCCUAACCACUAGACCACCAGGGGACUUUAUGACAAUAAUCAUUAUUAUCAUAUUCGAGAGAUUAUUUAAUUUUAUUCUUAUAGUUAAUGGUAUAAACUGAGAUGCGGGCGGGGUUAGUGCUUCAGAUGUGGGCGGUGUUUUGUUCCAAGAGUCUCACUAGAGACGCAAUCGGCAUCCCGAGCUCGAGCGCUUCUGACAUUCCUGCUCCCUAGACACAGAAACAGAGAGAUGAAAUGAACAGUGAUGUACCGGCUCUGGUUCCGGUUCUUUUUUUGCUUUGGAGAUAUCAUCGGAACCACGCGACAGACAUGACGACACGCCGGAUAGAGCGCGAGCUGCAGAGAGAAUAAACAGAAGGGAAGGGGGAUACACACGCUCGGACGCGCGCGCACGCACGCAUACACGCACACGCGCGCCCACACACACGGAGAUGAUGAUGAGUGUGGACCGGUCCGGGUGUGAAGGGAAGAUCGCUCCGGAGGGCGUGACCGGCUCUUUGCGGCAGCCGCCCCCGCGCGCUCAGCUUUCCGCCGGUGUGCGCGCGCGUGAGAUCCGUUCUCUGCAACAGCAUCAGCAGCAGCACCACCAUCAUCUUCAUCACCACCAUCAUCAUCACCAUCAUCACCAUGCAGUCGGUGCGCGCGAGCCUGACGAGCAGCUGAAGCGCGCGCUGGACUUUAAGACGCAGGGCACGCAGUGUUACCGAGACAAGAAGUACCGCGAGGCCAUCGGGAAAUACCACCGCGCGCUGCUCGAGAUGAAAGGACUGGGCCGCGCGCUCGGGUUCGGGGACGCUGACGUCAGCGCGAGAUCUCCAAACAGGUCGGGACUAACAGAGGAACAGCGAGGAGCGGCCGAGAGCGCAGAGCUGGAGUGUUACAACAGUCUGGCAGCAUGUCUGUUACAGAUGGAGCUGGUGAAUUAUGAGCGGGUGAAGGAGUACUGUUUGAAGGUUCUCAGGAAGGAGGGAGAGAACUUUAAAGCUUUGUACCGCUCAGGUGUGGCCUAUUAUCACCUGGGAGACUAUAACUCUGCCCUACACUACCUGCAGGAGUCCCACAAACAGGAACCCACAGAUACCAAUGUGAUCCGCUACAUCCAGCUGACUGAGAUGAAGCUCCACCGAAUCGCUCAGCGAGAGAAGAAGGAUCCUGUGUAGUGCAUUUGUUCGUCUCAGCAAUGCUGUUCACACACACACACACACAUAUACACACACACACACACACACACACACACACACACACACACACACACACACACACUGUGUAAUCUUAAUUACAUUAAUAUAAAUAUCACCUGAUCACAACUUAAUAUAUCUGCAUGAAACUGUAAUGUCUGAGUGAAACUCAUCCUCCUGUAGUGUUCAGCAGCGAGCUAACAUCAUCCCAGACAGACAGAUAAAUAAAGAAACCGACAGAUAGACACAUAAUGUGAGACAGAAAUGAGAAAAGCGUCUCACUAUGUUGAAUUUCCUUCAUAAUGUGUCGCUCCCUUUUCUUCACCAAGCAUAAGACAGAAAAUCAACAUUAACCUCAACAUGAUGAUGAUGGUAGUGAUGAAGACAAAGAUGAUGUUAUUUCCUUGAAAAAUCUAAUUGUCUGUUAAUCUGUAAUAAAUAAAGGUUGUGUAUUUUCUGUGUUCAA